GUUUAAUAUCUUCUUAGGCUCAAGUACAUACUGUGUUGGAGUUGCUCAAGUUGAGGUUAGAUGUAAGGGUUCCACUCUUCCAUAGAUGCUACAAGGGCAUUGAAUUGCUACAAGAGCGGUUAUCCGACUGCUCUUUUUACACCCAUUGCUUAGUCUGCUGGAAGCACGGCGUUUGUCGUCGGAUGUGGAGUGACGCGGACCAUCCGCCGGAAGACAUAUGGACAGCAACGAUAGCACGCUGACUUCCCUGCACUUAGUUACGGAGUGUCCGCCGGCAGUUCUGCCCCAUGACAAGGGGCAAGGUGUGCUAGACCGUGGUCACACUAUUGGCGAAGACAUCUCUGUGCCUCGGCAGUCCCUAGCGCCAACCCUCGCCAUCACCUGCUCAAACGUACCAGACGUUGCCAAGCGGGAGCUUGAAGCCUUCCUGCUGGAGUGGUGCCAGCGGCACGUACGGCCAGCCCCGGGCGACAGCCAGCAGCAACACCAGCACCAGCCAGAUGAGCGAGGAGAGCCCCAGCCCCAGGCUCAGCAGCCCCCGGACCAGCCGGAGGAGUCCCAAGGGCGCAGGGAGGCAGGGCGCGCACGAGGGGCGGCACGCUGGGGCCCGGCGGCACCCGUGAGGGAGGACACAGCAGCCGGCAGCCGCCCCGCAGCAGCCCCCAGCGCUCCUCUGCGGUACUGGUCGGGGGCGCUGUCCCUCACGCUGCCUCUACAGGUCCAGGGCCAGACGCAAGCAGCCACUCUAGAGAGCCAACAGGGGCGAGGGCGGAGUAGUGCGGAGGCGUGCGGACAUUUGGAGUAUGUUUGGGAGGACCGCUUGCGGCCGCACAGUGAACCACGGGUCGGCUGUGGCUUGCAGCGGAAGAGCCGAGAGCACGGCAAUGGUGAUACUGGGAUGGCCUUGGGCGGAGAGGCGAAGUCAGCGGCGGCGGAUGGUGGGCAAGCAGGCGAUAACCAUGCGUCAACCAAUGGUAGCAGCAGCGGCAGUUGCGUCGCCACUGCUGCGUCUGCGCCGCAGUCGGCCCCGCAGGUCAACAUCAACGCUGCCGCCGCCGCCGCCACCGUCACCAUGCGGCACCUCCACAAGCCGCAGGCGACCAGCGCCGCAGUCGCAUUCAACGUCGCCUUUGACCAGGAGAACAACACCCCGGCCUACGACCGGCUACGUAUAGCGCCGCUACUGCUGGGUGUCGGGCUGGCAGCUAGCGCUGUGACGCCCAUGACGGCACCACCGCCAGCAGCGUCUGGGGCUGCGACCCAUGGGUCACAAGAGGCGCCUUCAGCGCUUGUGACUGCGCUCAUCGGGAGUCCCGCGGCAAAGGCUGGUGCAGCUGAUGACAACGGCGCCAACCAACGCCCGCGGAAGCGCCGGCGCACCGAAGCCGAGGGGUCAGGCGGCGGAGGCGGAGGCGGGGGCGGGGGCGGACUGGGGCAGUUCUCAUUUGUGCUGAACCGGUGCUGGAACUGCGGCUCCUACGGUCAUGAAAUUGCCGCCUGCCCCCGCCCGCGCGACCAGGCGGCGAUAGACACUCAUCGGCGGGCCUUCACGGAGAGCCGCGCAGCCACGGCGGCACUGCGGGCGGCGCGGCAGGCAGCCGGCGGGCGGCUUCGCGCCAGGCGUAUGGGGCCUUCUGAGGGCAGGUACUUCAGCACCGCAGCCCCGGCCAAUGACGGCGAGGAGGCUCCCUUACCAUCCGCUGACGGCUCCAACGGCGCCAACAUUAGCGCUAUUGCCGCCACCUUCCUCUCCGCCCUUCGAGACGGACCCUUAACGGUUGCCCCGGCCUGGGCUCGACCUGGCGUCCUCUCCAAGUCUCUAGCGACCGCACUGGGCAUGGAGUCCCCGCUGGAUCCUCCGCCCUGGCUGACCCAGAUGGCGUUGUACGGCAUGCCGCCGGCGUACUGCCGCGAAGGCUGCGUUGCGGAGCUGCCGCCGUUGCCGGCGCCGCUGCCGCCGCAGCCGGCGGCGCCGUCAGGCUUGCCCGUUAUCAGGGUGUACGGCGCUGAUGGCGAGCCGUUGCCGCUGCCGUCGGAAGGUGAGGACGGGCAUGCAGCCGGCGAGGACGGCGCAAGCGUGGAUGAGCUUUCCUCGGCGUCGACAAACUCGAUAUGCGCGGAACGACACGAAGAUCACCGUGCUGAAGACAUGAGGCUUGAGGAUGCAGGUACAUUUGCAGCGCCUGCACCAGCACUGGGGGCAGCGGAGAUGGAUGUGACACAGGAAGGUCCGUCGAUUAUGGCUUCGGGAGAUGAAGUGUCUCAGGUUGGGGCGCCGCAGGACCUGCUGCUGCCUAGUGCGCCCAAACACGUGUCGUACCCAGGCGUCAACGCGUCUGUGCCGCAAGCCGCCUGCAGCGAGCGGUGGAGCAGGGCGCUCAGCGAUGCAAAGCGUGUGGCGGCGCUUGUGCAUGCUGCUAAAGAAGCUGCGCAGCGGCGACAGCAGCAGCAGGGCCUGCAGCAGCAAGGCCUGCAGCAGGCUGUUACCGUGCAACCUCAUUUGCAGGAGCAGCCGCCACCGCCGCCGCCGACACAGCUUUUGCAAGGGCAGCUGCUGCCGCAAGGGCAGGACGCAAGGGCACCGACUUCUCAUGAGCAGCCGCAUGCCAGCAGCAGCGCAGCAGCAGGCGACUGGUCCAGCACGCAGCAGCUGCCGGUGCAUCAGCAACAGCAGCUGCAACAGCAACAGGCAGGGUGCGGUUGGCCUGACAGCUGGUCCAACCAGCAGCAGCAACAGCAGCAGCUGUUGCAGCAGCAAGCUGCACAUAAUGCAUACAGCGGGUCCGCGGGCUGGCUUUAUGACCAGCAACAUCUGCAGUUACAGCAGCAGCAGCAGCAGCUGGUAGGAUGCACUGUCGGGGCCUGGAACUACGGACUGCAGCAGCAGCAGGCAGGCUACAACGGGCUAGGCAGCUGAGCUGAGCUGCUGACCUCCUGGGUAUGAGGCUUAUGGGCAUACUGCUGUCGGAAUGAGGCUUCCAUAACACGUGUACUAGCUCGUCAUCACUGUACUUCGGCAGGCAAAUAAGUUAAGGAAACUCCUUGUAAGGAGUUUCCUUACAAGGUUAUGGUUUUGUAAAACGACGUAUGCUGAUGUUGCUUCUAACCAACCACAGACCAUUCGUUGACGGGACUCAUGGUUUGCGACUGGGGCGGAAUGCUUUGUGGUUGCACUAGCAGGACUUACGGGUACCUUAAAGAGUCAUUGCGGGGCCGCAUGGUAACCGGGGGGUGCUUACAUUGCGCCAGCCUCGUGGGACUUAUAGCCCACAGCCCUUGUACACCACGGCGCUUCUAACGGCGAUGUGUUCC